AUGGACAUUCACCACUUUUUGCCACUGAGGAAGAUGCAAGAUGUGUUUAUGGUGGGCACAGGUGGUACCAUUAAAGAGUCAAAACAUGCGAAAUGCAUUCCGAAUCCUGGUGCUGCCUUUGCUAGCCCCCCAUUUAACUCAAUUAUGCUUAGUACAGUAUCCUCAGUGAACACAGUACCACCUUCGCCAGUGCCUGGUAUGCCAUCUUUGCCACCAAUGCCUUCUAUUCCCCCUAAACCUGUCCCAUGUCCUGUAUUUGCCCUGCUUCUUGUUCCUCCAUUUCCCCUGGUGCAUUCUGUACCAUCAGUGAUACCAGGAAUGUCUUCUGUGAAACCUCCAGCUGUAGCACCUUUACGUACUGGAAUAAAUGGGUCUGGAAUAGCAGUGAAUAUGAACAACCGUUUGAAUCCAGUGUUUGUCUCUCAUAAUCCUAUAAAGCCUCAGAUGAAUUCUCAAAGUAGUGCGAAACCCCUUCCUAUCACUUUUUUUUUUUUUUUAAAUGUCAGUGUUCAUGGAAUACCCUUUUCUGCAGUGAAAUCUGAUAUGAAAAGGUUCUUUCAUGGGCUCUGAGUUGAUGCGGUACAUAUGCAGAUGCAGUACAUAGACUGAAACAAUGGAAAUGGAUCCGAUGAAGGGCUUCUUAACACAAACCUUAGUUUGUGGCAAACUGGGGUAUGA